CCUUGUUUCAGGCCGCCUACAUCAUUCACGUAGUUUAAAGAAUUGGGUUAGAAGCGCCUGCAGUCCAGUGUUCUUGUGCAAGAUCAGCAGGUUUUACAAGGGGAAAAGUGCACUGCAGCCACGAGUGAAAAAGAUCCAUUAGAUGGGAGUUCGAUUGAUUCCUUCGCGUAAUCUGAAAAGGGAAAUGAAUUACCGUGCUGAAAGAUCUUGAAAUUAUUUUAUAAGCGUGGAGAAUAAAGUUGCAUUUAUACUAACAAAAAACCAGAGGAGAGGAAUGGAGUAAUUGGGCAGAUCGUAACAGUCACACAGUACCUCGUCAUUUGAAAACAGAAAGAAACCACUGAGCAAGAGGUACUUAAAGAAAAUGAACGACUCUUUUGCUGCGAGUCUACUGAACCUGAACUACAGUUCUUUCAUCAACUAUGAUAGGUCUGAUGUGGAUUUGUCAAUGCCCAAUCUUCUUCGGGAACAGCCUUGGAAAAUUACGUUCAUUCUUCUUUUUGCCGUCGUGAUUUUUUUCGGAUUCUUUGAGAACCUCGCUAUUGUCAUUGUGAUCAUAAUCAACAAGCAGAUCCACACUGUUACUAACAUCUUCAUUUGUACCCUUGCUCUCUCCGAUAUCAUGCUUUGUGCGUUUAAUUUACCAUUCCAACUUCAUUACGGGAUCACCGACUUUUGGAAAUUUGGACCAGUGUUGUGUCGGAUCAUCAUCCCGAUGUUCACAAUGCCAGUGUUCGUCUCCACGUAUGCUAUGUUAAUGAUUGCCAUUGAGCGAUACAUCGUCAUCGUAUUUCCUUUUCGGAAGAAGAUUAACCAGAGACAAGCUGUGUGCAUUGUUAUCAUUAUUAUCUUAUUUGCGAUGACGUUUACCGUUCCCGCCAUUGUGCAUACCGAACUGAAAAUUGCCGAGUAUGACAUGCGACCUUUCAUUGAUGAGCAAAUAUACCGGCCCUUCUGUUUGGAAGUGUGGGAAGAGAAAGCGAGCAGAUUAUAUACAAUCUUUGGCUUUGCUUUUCAAUUCGUAAUACCGAAAACUUUGAUAUCUGUUCUGUAUUUCCAAAUAUACAAGGUCCUUAAAAGAAGACCAGUGAAGCGCAAGGAAACCAAACGGAAUUAUCAUAUAACAAGGAUUCUCGUCUCUAUCACUAUUCUGUUCACAUUAACCUGGUUACCAUUCCAAAUCUUCAGCAUCACUUUGUACUUCAGUCCAGAUUUAUUCCAAACCCUUGGCGCGUCUUACAAACUUGUAGACUUGUUAUUGAAAAUCAUUGCCAUGAGCUCGUCUUGUAUUAACCCAUUCUUCUACGGCUGGCUGAAUAACAAUUUCAGACGGGAAAUGGCCACCAUACUGGGGCGGAAUUUGAAAAAGAUUCAGAAAAGUUCAAAUGGAUUUACCACGUACAAUAACUCGAACCUGAAUUCAAAAGAAAACGAUGAUGACUCUGGAACCAAGUUAAAACAAAGCGGGUUGCUGUGAAUUACCCGUCUGUCUGUGAUUAAGAGAUUACUUGCCCUUGAUGAAUCCAAAACGGGUUAAGGAGGUUUCAAUUACUUGAGAAUUAGUGAAUUACACGAAUAUUUUCAGAGCAACAUUUGAUAAGAAUUUCGUUUUUAUAGGAUUAAUAAGGGCUUUUUUAUCAUGAAAUAUGUUCUUAAUUUACUCUCUCUCUCUCUCUCUCUCUCUCUCUCUCUCUCUCUCUCUCUCUCUCUCUCUCUCUGACUCUGAAAUGGUGUUGUAACCAUUUUGACGAUUCGUAAACUAACUCAGCUCAAACAAUGUUUGUUAAUGGUUGGUGCUUUUAUAUUUAUUGUAUGUAUUGUAUUGUAUUGUUAUCGAACAAUGUUUCAACUACUUGCGUGUGUUUCCAAAAAUAUUGUAAUUCGAACACUGCCGAAUAUUGUCCUUGAUGUGUUAUAUUUCAAUGUCUGCUAGGAAUACUCUUUGUUUAAAGCAUGUGCGACAGACUGUCAUUAUUUUUCCUCAAACAAAUGCAUGUACUCUAUGCAUUUGACUGAAGUUCAAAGAGUUUUAGAGACGAAAAUAUCAAUUUAACGCUGACAGUGGGUAGUAAUUUGUUUAUUAGCUGAUUACGGUAAUCCCAUGUGGGUGUUUUAUGGUUUUUUUCUCGACCUGAUUGAGAGACGAAUUCUAAAGGACUUUAUUUCGGGGUUUUUUUGAGAAACUGUUAGAUUCAAUCGACAAGAUACACGUAGAUAACAUAACAUCGAACGUAUUUUCCUAAUGAAUUGUCAUCUAUGGCAAAAAUUACUGUUUAGUGUAUGUUUAUUGCAUGUCUGUUGUUCAUCGUUAUGUUAAACAUAAAACAUUGAAAUUUG